AUGCCACCACCUGAGAUCACGCCCAAGGUUCAGAGGCUGUUAGCUAGCCAACCUACUACAGCAGGUCAGUCAGGAUGCAGCCAGAAACAAGUUGUCGAACCCAUAAUCAGUUUCGAGCCGCAAGACAUGGAGGGACUGGAGCUCCCGCACGAUGAUGCCCUGACAAUCAAAGCCGUCAUAGCCAACAACCGUGUAGCUAGGGUUUUCGUUGAUAUCGGAAGCUCUAUCAACAUGUUGUUUAAGAAUAUGUUUGAGGGCAUGCAAAUCGACGCCAACUGGGUGCUCCCUUUCUUCAAGGUACUCAGAAGAGUUGCUAAGUUUCAGUGGGAUGACGAGCGCAGCAAAGCUUUUGAGGAAUUAAAACAACAUCUGGAGACCUUCCCCUCAUUGUUUAAGCCUAAUGCUAAAGAACCGCUCUGGGUAUAUCUGUCAGUUUUCCCUGUGGUCAUGGGGCAGUAUUUUCUCAUGGAGAUCCAUCAGCCUGACGCUGAAGAAACAUGGAAGGUAUAUGUAGACGGAUCGUCCACUCAACAAGGAAGCGGAGUAGGGAUACUCCUGAUAUCCCCUCAAGAAGAUAUCAUACAACUAGCCAUUAGGCUAACUUUCAGAGCUACUAAUAAUGAGGCGGAGUAUGAGGCACUACUAGCCAGGUUACAGGCAGAUUGGCACAUCGGGGCCACAUGGGUGGUCAUUUAUUCAGAUUCUCAGCUGGUAGCUCAACAAAUGGCUGGAAAUUUUGAAGUUAACAAUGAGAAGCUGCAGCUAUACAAAGAAGCAUAUGAGAAAAUGAAGGAGAGAUCCAAGAAAGUCACAGUGACCAAGGUUCCCCGAGUAGACAACCAAAGGACAGAUGAACUAGCCAAAAUGGCCAGCUCUUUGACCACUUGGGUAUUGGAUAGGUCAAUAUCUCAGAGCUUCCUAAUAGCUCAUAUUGACCUGUAG